AUGACCCUCCCGGAUGAGAGCACCACCAGCGUCCCGCUCGAGUCGAAAAGCCAAGGUUCCCAAGCCGCAGCCGACGAGGAACCGACGAGAUUCAGUCCCGACGAGGAAGCGGCCCUCGUCGCAGAGUCUCGUGCCAUCAAGGCCGACGCAAACGCCCUCUUCUCGUCACGGCAGUACCGCGAUGCCCUCGCGCGGUACGACGACGCCGUGGCCUCUUGCCCCCGCUACCUUCACUACGAGCGUGCCGUUGUGCAGAGCAACAUGGCCGCGUGCCACCUGAAGCUGGAGCAGUGGACGGAAGCUGCCAAGCUGGCCACGGCCGCCAUCGACGGCCUUUUGGAGCAUGAGAAGCGAGAUGCCGACCUCUCCGCCGACGUCUCAGCAACAUCGUCAUCGACGACGGCGAGCGCCACCGGCAGCCGUGCCUCCGGGAAUGCCCCGUCAAGCGCUGCCCCGGGGAGUGUCCCCGGAAAGGUGGCCGCCGCCGGGGUGGGAGACGAUGUGGAAGAGGAAAUCGUCAGUCCCGGCGCCCUGACCUCGGCGCCGGCACCACCCUCGCCCGUCGAGCCAUCCCCCUCUCCGCUGGAGAUCAAAAAGGCCGACGUCCUCCGCAUCCGGACCAAAGCCCUCCUCCGCCGCGCCCGCGCCCGCUCCGAGGCGGGAGGCUGGCAGAACCUCGCCGCCGCCGAAGAGGACUACCGCACCCUCUCCGGCAUGCGCGGCCUCGCUCCCGCCGACGUCCGCACCGUCAAGGCCCAGCUCAAGGCCCUGCCGCCAAAGACAAAGGCCGCCCAGGAAUCGGAAAUGGCCGAGAUGUGGGGGAAGCUGCGGAAUCUUGGCGACGGCAUCCUGAAGCCCUUUGGCUUGAGCACCAAUAAUUUCAAGAUGGUCAAGGACGAGCAGACGGGAGGCUACAGCAUGAACUUUCAACAGGGCGGGCCGUCGUCGUCGUGA